AUGGAGACGAAGGGCUACCAGUGCCUCAGCAGCCGCUACAUCGAGAGCGGGCAGUCGGCGGUGCCCAGCUCGGUGCUGUUCGCCGCCGGCCUUUUGGGGAACGUCCUGGCCUUGCUGCUGCUGGGCCAGCACCGGCGGCGUUCCCGGUCGCCCGGGGGCCGCCCGCCGCGGGUCUCGGCGUUCUACGUGCUGGUGACCGUGCUGGCCGUCACCGACCUGCUGGGCAAGUGCCUGCUCAGCCCCAUCGUGCUGGCCGCCUACGCCUACAACCGCAGCCUCAGCGAGCUGGGGCCGGGCGGGCGCGGCGAGGACGAGCCGGGCGUCCUCUGCCAGCUCUUCGCCUUCCUCAUGGCCUUCUUCGGGCUGGCCCCCACCCUGCUGCUGCUGGCCAUGGCGCUGGAGUGCUGGCUCUCCCUGGGGCACCCCUACUUCUACCGGCGGCACCUCACCCGCCGGCUGGGCGUCACUCUGGGGCCGGCGGCGGCCGGGCUGUGCGCCCUGUUCUGCGCCCUGCCGCUGCUGGGCUUCGGGGUGCCCAUGCAGUACUGCCCGGGCACGUGGUGCUUCAUCCGCAUGGCCGGCGGGGGCCCGCGGGAGCUGGGCUUCCCCGUGCUCUACGCCGGCCUCAUGGGGCUGCUGGUGCUGGCCAUCGGCGCCUGCAACGUGAGCAGCAUGAGGCACCUGUACGGCAUGGCCCGGCGGCAGCCCCGCAGAGGGGCCCCCCCCGCCGCCGCCGCCGCCGCCCCCCGCAUGGAGGAGCUCGACCACCUCGUCCUGCUCGGGCUCAUGACCGUCCUCUUCACCGUCUGCUCCCUGCCGCUCAUCAUCCGGGCGUACAUGGGGGCCUUCGCCGCCGACAUCAACGAGAACGCCGACCUCAGUGCCCUGCGGUUCCUCUCCGUGAACUCCAUCGUGGAUCCCUGGGUCUUCAUCAUCUUCCGCACCUCCGUGUUCCGCUCGUUCGUCCGCAGGGUUUGCCGGAGGCUCCAAUCCCGCAAGUCCAGCCUGAAAGGGUCCGACCCGGGCGGUGACGGCCAGUUCUGCCCCCCGGGCUGGCGCAGGACAGACCCCCCGCAGCUCGGCAUCCCCUGAGAUGUGGCUCUGGCAGAAGCCGGCGGCUGCUGGUGAGGAUAAGGAGCCUUCGGCCCCCCAUUCCUGCCCUGGAGCAUCCCGAGGCAGCACAGGGCUGUGGCAGGGAGGGACAGCGUCCAGCUCGCGGCGAGGGGCGCUGUGAAGGGUUUCUGUCCCCUCCCCAGGCUGCUGUUUCGCCCCGGAGACGAACCGGGGCGGGGCUCCCGGGUACCUGUGAAUUUUCCGAGCGGCAGCGCUUUGCGGAGGGUUUGGGGAG